AUGUCAGGAGAUGACUUGGACGAUGGAUUGGAUUACGAACUGCAGGUAAGCGAUUCUGAGAGCUUGCCUGAAAGUACAGAACUUACCGACAAUGAAGUGGAAACUGAAUCAUCUAAAAGAACACGCACCAGCAGCCAACUAGACCACGUUGAGCCAGACCAAAUAGUGAGCAAACGCCAGAAGAAACUUGCGAAAUCCAAAGUGCACCAAAAGAAGUUGGAGAAAGUUGAGGACGACAAGAACCAGAAGAAGGCCCUUCCAAAGUCAAGCCCAGAGCGCAUCGCAGAUUACCUUGCAACCUUGAUCCGACAGAAAUUUCCCGACUUGAGCGCACUUGAGCUCGAGGAGCAUUACUUUAAAAGGACAGACUUUAUUUCUACUGAAGCUUAUGAGAAGGAGAGAAAUUUACACAAUUUUCAAGAGUUUGUCAACAAAUUUUCGAAAUCUCCUAGAGCUGUGAUACUUUCGCCUUCCAAUAUCAGAGUUGCCGAUGUCUUCAGGAGUCUUGGAGGCUCUCAAAGUGCGGUUAAAUUGUUUACAAAAUCUAAAUUGAAGGACGAUGUUGCGAGGGUCGACCUACUAUUGAAGAGUCCAAAACCGAAGGGUGUCAAAACCAAAAAGGCACAGAAAGAUAAGAAGGGGGCGCUGGUCAAAUAUUUCAUCUCAACACCGACCAGAUUAGAGAAAAUAGCAAGCUCGACGGAUUCCUUUUUCGAAGGAAAAGACAAACUUGACAUUUUUCUAGAUGCAAGCUACUUGGAUCCUAAAGCGAACACGCUAUUCACGAGUGAGGACUCCGGCGCCCUUUUUGCGGUCCUAAAGGAAUUCUUGAAUAAGAAAAGCUCUGUAAAAAUACUAUUAUUUUAA